AACCAAGGACAGCUGUAAAUUCUCUCUCUCGACCGUUUUCGCCCCUCCGAUGCGGUUCGACGCAGCUGCAGCGUGUUUUCCAAACGCUCUGUCGAAGAUUUAUCAACAGUCGCCACGGCCUUCUCGAACAUCUUUGAAACCCAAGUCCCCGUCCAGCUUCGCGGCUAGAACUCGGGGAUGUCUGCUGAAAGAGUCCUCGAACGCAGAAAGAUUCUGCUGUCAUGUCUCUCCGUGUACGCAAUAUCCAUGUUAGCGGUGGGAUGCACAGACGGAGCUAUGCUGCGAUUCGGCAUAUUGUUCCCGAAAGUUUUCUGUGACGAUUACACGAGAUGCGACAAUGAAAGUCUUUGUUUGAAUCAUCUCAAUCUCACGACCGGAUGCUACGAAAAAUUAUGUGUACCCCAAGAAAACUUGACCAGACUGUCAUGUGAAACACUGAACUGCCAACAGGAUUUCGAGUGCAAACCGUGUACUGCCCGAAGCGCGGACUGCGACGGGCUUGGCUACGAGUGUGUUCCGGAGAGACAUCAAAGCUGUUUAACUCUGAGAUGUGAGGAUGACUACGAAUGCGUGCAACAGAGGCCGAUUCCGGGACGGGGUCCAGCCUGUCGCGCAAACUUAGCCGUUGAUACGCACAUUUGUAAAAAAAGGGAAUAUCGCGAAUAUCCUAGAACAAGCCCCUCUCCAAUAGUAGCCCGUCCCCAACAGAAGCCGUCCUCGAAUAGUCACCUGUCUCCGUUGGGAUCCCCCCUGGGGCGAUUUUAAUCGAAACACCGAGGGGCUCUGCUGCAGAAUGGGUCUCAAGUUCCUUAAGUCACAAGGUUUCCAGCUUCUUCAACUCUCUUCAUCUUCAUCACCGUCAUCGCGCUACUGCGCCUCCAAUCACCGGGGGGCACUCUCUAAUUGGAGCUCCCCUGUUGGGGGGUCCGAUUAAAUGGAAGCCCAUCACUAAUAGAAGCCUUCAUGGGGCGGGCUUUGAAAUUAUAGGAGCCCGGGCCUGUACUGGAAUAUCUAGGGUAUUUGAUCUCGUUACGAUUGGCUCGGGUGCCUCGAUUCCGAACCAGGCUCCAUGCUUCGGGAAGUUUUCUCGUAAAUGUUGGCACCAUAUGUGUUGCUUCAUAAGAUUCAUGAGGGUCACGGAGAACCAACUGUUACCUAUAUCGCAGCAAUAAAUAACCCGCUUGGAGGUGAUUCUUUAUUGAUUCGUCACGCAGGACUACAUU